AUGUCCUUCUACAGGGAAGCCACAUUUCAGGUGGGCCCUACCCGGGUCAGCCCCAUUCAAGAUCAGCUGUGUUGGAAGCAACGUGCAACGGCAGAGCUUGGUCCAUUCAGCCGGUCAGGUCCAGCACAUAUUGCGUCACCCGGUCCAUACCGCUGGGAAGUCGUGCACCAGCCUGGCCCUCCAGUCCGUCGACGUGGCAAGGCGCCGAAGGACUUGGACAAGGAGAUCUUGACAGCUCACGAGAUGCAGCGGGAGGCUUUAGCACACCAGGCAGACGUUUGGAACUUGAAGCCGGCCGGGAUUUCCCUCCGUGCGCACAAGUCCAAGCCCACACCUGGAUCACCAGCUGAGGCUAUUCUCGCACUUCCCGAGCUGGAAUCUUGCCUCGACGUCUCGGAUGAGGUGGAAGCCGAGCGGCGCAAGAGACAGGAGGCUGAGGACGAGGUCGAACGUCUGCGGAAAGAGUUAAGGGCUUGCCGGAGCUGCACAACACCAACAAGUGCGAGAACCGGCAGCUGCCCCGCGAGCAGACAGAGCUGGCGGCCGUCCAGUCUGCAGGAAGAUGGCCCCGAAGCCGGGUCGAUACGCGCGGCUACCGCCAGCGGGAACCAAAGAUCGCCACUGCGGUGGAGCGACUUGCAGUCUGCCGGCAAAGCACCUGGCAUGGCGCAGAAGCUUCUGGUGAGGCCGGGGCCCAAAGCGAGUCCGACCUCCAAGAGGCCUUUUCCUAGGACGGCGCGGUUCUACCGGCGGCCGGGCUGA